AUGGCCUCCCGCACACUGCUACGGGCCCUCCCACAGCGCACACAGCUGGCUGCAAGCUCAGUCCGCGCCAUUUCCUCGACGACGAGCAGAUCCGAUGCGGCAAGCUCGUUCGAUUCGCCCUUCAAGGGCCACGAUGCUGCCAGCCAGGUCCCCAACUUCAGCCAGUAUAAAAGCAAGAAGGGGCCCAAUCGCAAUUUGGCCAUGCAGUACUUCAUGGUUGGCACAAUGGGAGCGUUGACCGCGGCGGGGGCGAAGGCUACAGUUAACGAUUUCUUGGUCAAUAUGUCCGCUUCGGCCGAUGUGUUGGCUAUGGCCAAGGUCGAGGUUGACCUCUCUGCUAUUCCCGAGGGCAAGAACGUUCUCAUCAAAUGGCGAGGAAAGCCAGUCUUCAUCCGCCACCGGACCCAGGAUGAGAUCAAGCAGGCUGAGAGCGUCAAGCUUGAGAUAUUACGGGAUCCUCAAGCGGAUUCCGAUCGUGUUAAGAAGCCCGAGUGGUUGAUCAUGGUUGGCGUCUGCACGCACUUGGGAUGUGUGCCCAUUGGUGAAGCCGGUGACUACGGAGGAUGGUUCUGCCCAUGCCACGGCUCCCAUUACGACAUCUCCGGCCGUAUAAGGAAGGGACCUGCUCCUCUCAAUCUCGAGAUCCCAGAGUACGAUUUCCCCGAGGAGCAGUCACUUGUUAUUGGUUAG